AUGGAAGCACCACCUAAAUCCCCCCUCACCUCCCUCACAAGCACCCUAACAUCCUUCUUCGCCCUCUACUUCACUACCCUCUUCAGUCUCGACUCAUACACUGCCGCGCGCAACUCGCCAUUCCGACCUGCUAACCAAACCCUCCCACCCGCCAACUCCACACAAACCGGCGCGCGGUCAGAGUACCAGGCGGGCAUGCACGGCAGGGGACGUAGAGGCCCGGGUGGAGGUGAGCCGCCGAGGGGAGGACGGGACGUUGGCGGUAUGAGGGACUCGGGGCCCGCGGUGGGAAUGGGGGCGAAUACGUCGUGUGGGGCAUGCAUGACUUGA